AGUAGGUUGACCCGGCUUUCGGUUUCAACCGCGCGUGGCGCUGAUCCUUCGGAUGGGGAACACCAACGUGGCUUCCUGCCACAGCUGCCACCAGCGAUGUGAGAACGUGGCCAUCGAGUACGCAGGGGUGGACCUCUACGCGCUCACAGGCAGCCAUCCUGAUGGGGACCUGCACGGCAGCGAGGCGAUGCUGACUCACAAGAUGCUGGUGGCGGCGAAAGAGGGCAAGGAGGACGAACUGCACCAGCUCCUUUUGCAUGGCCUUUGCGUGGACAAGAGGCGGCCCUUCUUCAUGAAGCGCGAGUCCGAGGACGUGAAGCCGGAAAGCUUCAGACCCGUGCGCCGGCAGCUGGGGAUGUCCGCGCUGAUGUAUGCAGCCCAGGGCGGGUAUGCGAAAUGCUGCCUCCAGCUAUUGGCAGCCAAUGCGGAUCCCAACGCAGAGGAUGAGGACGGCAUGCGGCCCCUGCACUUCGCUGCCACGUCGGGGGACAUGGCAGUCUGCGAAGUGCUGAUCCAGCACCGCGCGGACGUUGGGGCAAAAGCGGAUGAUGAGAAGACGGCUUUUGACUUAGUGCCGAGGGACGCGUUCCCGUCCGCACGGCACCAGCAGCGCUGGCUGGAGCUGCUGAAGGAAAGCCAGUCCGAUUCGGCCAAUCAGGAUCCUCAGGCUGAAGAUGGCAGCGCGAAUCCAGCGGAAGAUGCUCAGGAGCCUGCGGACACAAACUGGGGCUGAGCAAACUGCGAGAAUGCGGAGGCUUUGCAGCGGAGACACGUCGCUCCCCAGCCAGAGACUUGCUCCGAAGGAUGGGAAACCACGCCUGACAUGGC